GCAAAUAUGUUCAGUUCAGCUCGUGGACAGCAAUCACUUAGCUCAUUUCUCGAUGACACCGAUGAAACGUUGCAGCCCACACAAGGAGCCCUACGACUGAGUUCUUUUACGCGUCAGCUUAAUGCGGAACGAGAACGUGAACGAAAACUUGCUCGUUUACCACCGGAAAUAUUAUCAAAAUAUACAGCCAAGAAAAAGCAACUAGAAGCGAUUGCUGUUGAAUUUUUUGCAAUUUUAUUAAAAUACGGCUUCAAGGAGUUGAUUUUUCGGCAUUUCAAGAAAAUUGCCCCUCCAUGGAUGCUCGAAAGAAUGCUUCGCUCGAAGGGAUAUUAUGGAUUGCGUCGUGAUUUUCCUCCUUCAAAUGUGUUUCGGGAUAUUGAUAAUUUGGAGCGUUCGCUUGAUUAUGCAAAAUGGUUGGAAUUCAUAACUCCUUUUCUUCGGGAAAAAGAUAGCAGGUUUCGCCUGGCACGCCAUCACCCUUUCAAGCAGCGAAUGAUCCAGCUUCGUGAAGCUGUACUAAAUCAAGAUUGGUCAAAAGUCGGCGCAUUCAUUGGUCUAUUACCAGCUUUUCGCCGAAACCUGAAGGAAGUCCCUGAACCGUUUCGGAAGCAACUGGAGAACAAUUCAGCUAGGACCUGUGGGAUUUUACAGCCAUACGCAGCAACUGUUUUCCGAUCCGGCAUGGAACGUUUCAUGCACCAUGAUAUCCCCAAUACUUUGUUUGACACCGAAAAUAGUUCGCUGCUCUAUGUCACUGAAUUGCUUAUUUUUGCGAUUGCGAACGGACAGGACCAGGAAGCACAGGAUUUGAUAGAUGCCACCUCAUCCUUACCUUCUGUUACAUUAAGUCACAGGUACAACAAUGUCUUCCAUGCUUAUCGAUCUUUAUUUCGUUUUGAACGCUGGCGUUUGGCAAAAGAAGGUACUUGCGGCGAAAGUAGCUCACUUGAUUUGGCGGAGGAAUUUACAGCGGCCAUGCUGCUGUUGGAAGCAUUGCUGGAAUGUUGCCAGAAAACACCGUAUAUGUUUGUUGAAUGUUAUCGAGCUCUGCUCAUGCAUGAUUUGACUGAUGAGGCCAGGCGACUUCUUGAAAACGUAAAUUGA